UUUCUUCGUUGAUCACGUCACUUUAAUAACUGACGUGUAGCUGAAAUUAAGAAAUACCCGUUAGCUUCUGCUUUUGUAUUGCUGUUUAUUGAAAAGGAGCACAAGUAUGGCUGAGCAAAACAAUAUAGCAAACAAUCCGUUUGCUGCUCUGUUUCCAAGCCUUGAUGAUGCCCAGAUGUACGCUUCAAACAAACGUCUCACUCAGGACAAUGACUUUCACACAGAGAAUAUAUCCCUAUCUGAAGAACCAAAGCGAAAUGAAGAGCUAUCAGAAGAGGAGAUUCGCCUGCUGUCAGUGUACAAGAGGCGAGUGAGCUGUAUGCUGGAAAAGGUCUUCCUCAUCACUCUAGACAAUGACGAGGCAUUUGAGGAAGGCAGGCCGGUACGGUGUGUGUAUAUGGAAGGGCUGGCAGAGACACUAGAUGGACAGACCUGGCUUGAUGUUGACUGUCUGGAACAGGCUGUGUUUGAGCGGUUAUUGCUUGAGAAUCCUGGUGGCUCUGUGAUAGUGACAAGUCCCCGAUCAGUCGGUCGACCUACAGAGGCAAGUCAGGCUGCAGAAAGACAUGUGCUCCGCUAUCUCACACAGUGUUACUCCAGGUUGGGAAAACUGGCACAAAACAACGAGUACUCAGACCUAGAUACGGAGCUUUCACGCUGUAGAUCUGUGAUACUGUUAAACAGUAAGACAUGUCUCCAGCAGUCCGAACUCUACCCGGACCAAAACAUACGCAAACAGUUCAUAGAUAUAUACCUUGAGGCCUGCCACUUCCUGUCGGAUGACACUAGUACACAGGAGUUUUUCUUGAGAACAUCGGAUGAGAUUCACAAGAACAAUGAAGACGGGAGCCUAAGCGAGGUGUUUACCCCCGUCCUGGACGCUCUCAAGGCAAAGUUCAUCACUGAGUUCACCCUCAUGCAUCCGGAUGUGACCAGAUACCUCGGCCUCAUCAGCUUCUUUACACAGAGUGCUCCAUUAGCUGAGAUGUUUAUGGCAUACAAUACCCCAACAGACUGGACCAGGGGCCGUGACUUUGAGAAGACCUUGCUGGGGGCCAUGCUCAGCUACAGCCCCAUUCCCGAGCAGGGCAAGCCCAACACCUUCUUUGAGAACCCAUCUACCACACCCAAACAGGAGCAUGAUAUAGCAGAAAAAAAUAUAUGGCUGCCUCUGUCUGGGACCUGCCAGUUGGUGUACGAGAUCAUACGAAGCAUCAUAAAAGUGUCUCCACAUCUCAAACACACAGUUCUGUCCUGGAUCGGCAAAUGUAUUAGUGCUAACUCAGGUCGUGCCAAGUUAUGGACAGCGCAUGCCCAACAGGGUUAUGGUCAGAUCUACACCUCGGACGGCUACAGCCUAAACUUGUGUUACAUCAUGCUCAAACUGUGUGAGCCAUUUUCCAAGCCUUGUUCAAAACUACUGCUCAAAAUCCAGCCAUCUUACUUACGAGCAAUUGCGGCAGAUGACAAUGAUGCUCGUGAAAGAGGCAUACAUUCACAAGACUUAAGUAAGGAGACGUGUCUAAUUCCUCUUGGAGAGAAUGAGACCAUUGCGGAGGACAAGAACUUCAAUUUCAUCACUGAAUGCUUCUUUCUUACACAUCAGGCCAUAAACCAGGGUUUCCAUGCAGUACAUGAGAAGUUUCUGAAGAUGAACCAGGAGUUACACCAAAUACAGCAGGCAUAUGACGCACUGCGGGCACAGGGAGCCGGCCAGGAUGACGUCAACGUCACUAGGUACAAGGCAUUCAUGGAAAAAGGAAUGAAAGAGUACAUGUGUACGAAAGCAGCUCUAACAGAACCCCAGCUUCUAGAAAUGACAUUGAAAUUCUCCAUAGCAACAAGCACCUGGCUAGUCCAGGUUGCUAGGAGUAGUGAUUUCACAGACUUUGAGCCAAUAACAUUCCCUCUUCCGGAUCAGGUGCCUGUUGCCCUUGGUUACACUCCUGAAUUUAUAAUGGGCAAUGUGACUGACUUCACACUGUUUCUUCAUCGGUUUAAAGAUGAAAUGUAUGAGUCAAGUGGCAGUGGUUUAGAGCACCUGAUGACACUGAUCCUCGUCUAUAUGGGGAGUCCAGAUCGUAUGAAGAACCCACAUCUGCGUGCUGAGUUGGCAGAAACUCUCGCUGCCCUCAUGCCGUUCAACCCUGACAGUAACAAUGUGCGAACUGGAAUGCUGUCAAAGUACUACCGAGAACAGGUUUUCCAGCACCAUCCCCUGAUAAGCCACCUGGCUGAGAAACUGAUACAUGUGUUUGUGAGCAUUGAGAUGACUGGGCAGAGUGUGCAGUUUGAGCAGAAGUUCAACUAUCGACGCCCAAUGUACAAGGUUCUACAUUACAUCUGGGAAAAACAGAUACAUAAAGAUGCUAUUAAGAGUCUUGCUGAGCAUGCAGAGGCCAGCAUAGAAGACACAGAUGCGCCACUGUUCCUGAGGUUCAUAAACCUGCUCGUCAAUGAUGCCAUCUUUCUCCUUGAUGAGGCAUUGGAUUUCAUGAAGCAGCUGAAGGAGUUGCAGGGCGUUCGUGAUGGGCCAGAGUGGGCGGGCAUGACAGCCGUCGCCCAACGCCAGCACACCUCCAACCUCCAGCAGAUCGGCAAGCUGGCCCGGUACCACAACAUGAUGGGCAACCUGACCAUCCUUACCCUUGAGAUGCUCACACGAGACAUACGCUCCAUCUUCUGUCACUCCGUCAUGGUGGACAGGAUCGCAGCCAUGCUAAACUACUUUCUCCUGCAUCUGGUAGGCCCGAAACAAAGAGAAAUCAAGGUAAAAGAUAAAAAUGAGUUCGAGUUCAAACCCGAUGUGCUGGUGUCUGACAUCGCGAAGAUUUACUUGAAUCUCUCGAACGACGAGGCAUUUUGUCGUGCAGUUUCUGGGGAUGGGCGGUCAUACUCACCUGAACUCUUCCCCAAGGCAGUCCGGGUCCUUCAGAAGAUUUGCAGUCCUCCAGUUAUGAUCAGCAAUUUUGAGUCUCUCCAUACAAAGAUCAGUAUUCUGAGACAAAAAAUAAAGGCGGUAGGUGAAGCCCUGGAGCUGGAGGAGGAGCUGAUGGCAGACGCCCCGGAGGAGUUCCUAGACCCAAUCAUGGGCACACUAAUGCGUGAGCCAGUGAAACUACCCACGUCAGGAAACAUUGUAGACAGGUCCAUCAUCUCCAGGCAUAUACUCAGUGAUCAAAAUGACCCAUUCAACAGAGCGCCGCUUUCCCUGGACAUGGUUGUGCCCAUGGUGGACCUGAAGGCUCGGAUAGAAGCCUGGAUACAAGAACAGAGGGACAAACAUAACUCUGACACUUGAUGAUGGGUUUUGUGCGGUUCAUUUGUAGUGGAACUGAUAUUGUUGAAUUGUCAGCAUUGUAAUGUUCUUAUAAACCAUAUGGUUUGCUAACAAGACAUAUCUUUUUAAGAGCAGGAAUUAAAAUUCAACUGCAAUGUCAAAUACAUGCUUGUUAAAAACAGAUGGAUUAUGAUCUUACAUUAUGUAAUUAUAUGUAUAGAUUCAUAGGUGAUUGGACCAGGGCAGCAAUAUUCAAUAAGAUGCCUGUUUAACUAAAAAAGGUUUGCUAACUUAAAUAGCAGUCGUUUCUGUUCUUAUUUGGAAAAAAAACCUGUGUGUCAAGUUCAAGUUUCCUCAUCUGAUAAAUGAGUCAUUGAUCUGCUGCAUUUUAAUUCAAACAUAUUUAACAUACAUAUCAAACAUCAGAUUCCAACAUUGUAUGUUAUGCUGUUACAUUACAUACAUAAUUUAUUGAAACAUAUUAAAUCUAAAGUAGAAAUUAUGAUAUAAUAGAUGCUGCAUUUUGGGAUGUUCCUUCAAUUUAAGGAUAUUUUAGGGUUAGAACUAAGAAUGGAACUGAUUUGAGUCAGCCUUCAGAUUUGAAGUAAUACUUUAGUCUAAGUUGUGAUUAUAUUAAAGCUAAAGGUAAACCAAUUCACUCCGUACACUUUCAAGUUUCUAGAAGCGAUAAAAACUGAUAAUCUGCAUCAAGAUGUUGAUAUCUGUCCGCCAAAAGUUUUUAGUUUUCAUUCUGAUCAUGUACUUAUGGAUUUAGAUCGUUUUUUUGUUUAUAAAUUUUGGCACCAUUAUAUCAUUCUUUUUUUCAGUUUUCAUUAAAGCUUCCUGGUUUCAUAUUUUCUAUGGUGGAUCAUGUUGUGAUUAAAGGGAUAACAUGUGAUCAAGGUUUUAACUUUAAACAUGUUAUCUUUAGGUAGCUUAAUACGAACAAUACUGUAGAAAUCCUCAAUAUGCUAGAUAUUGCAGUGACAGCUGAGUACAAUAUUGUUGUUAUAGAUAUAUGUUUCUUGGUAAAAAUGUUAAGUUUCUCAAGACUUUUUUUCACAUAAAAAGCAACAUGAAAUGAUUAUAUUUAUGAAUUCCAUUGUGCAAUAAAAGUUUUAUCAAA